AAUAAUAACGGCGGUGAGCAAGUUCGUAUCAUUUGCAAGCUGUAUCAUUUUAUAAGCUGUGCCAUUCUAAAUAUGGAAGGACUAAUAAACAUAUUGAUGUGUUCAAUAUACAUGUAUGCUCAUAUUUUCUAUUGCGCCGUCUCGUCAGAUCCACUGCUUAACGUUAGAAUUGUGCAUGCCUCGAAACUGGAAUUGUCCUGCAGUGAUAAUAUUGACAGUUACGGAACUUCAAUAUGGAAUUUUUACAGUGCUCAACAUGGAAAGCAAGAAAUGCAAAACAUGGCAAAAAUAGAAUACUCGGGAAGUAAAUGCACAUCAACCUAUAUGUACACUAUUAAAUCGAUGCAGUGUGAAUGUACAAAUCACACUGGUGUCCUCUGCAACAUAUCUGGCGAUGGAAUCGCUAACACAGGCGACCGAUGGAAAUGUUCGAAGUUUAUAAACGGGUCUGUUGUUCAAAGCAAUAUUUUGACAUUACCAAGCCUAGGGCAAGUCUCUUCAGAGCAAUGGUUUUACGUGAGAGUUUUGUGUUCCUGGAACUUGGAAUUGUCCUGCAGUGGUAACAUUGAAAAUUACGGAACUCCAAUAUGGAUUUUUUACAGAUCUCAACAAGGAAAGCAAGAUAUGCAAAACAUGGUUAAAAUAGAAUACUCUGGAAGUGAAUGCAAAUCAACAUAUUUGAACACAAUUAAAUCGAGGCAUUGUGAAUGUUUAAAUUACACUGGUGUCAUCUGCAACAUAUCUGGUGAUGGGAGUGCUAACGCAGGCGACCGAUGGCAAUGUGCGAAAUUCACAAACGGGUCUGUUGUUCAACGCCAGAACUAUACAUUGCCAAGCCAAAAGCAAGAAAACAGCGACUGUACAACAGUAUCGGUUACACAGACAGCCCAUGAUGAUGAAACUACAUAUAGUACACGUUCAACCAACGACAAAGUAACAGUGCUGGCUUUGGAUGCAAAUCAUACCACAUCUGGAAUAGGAAACACUUCCACUGCCACAAAUAGCAGCGAUACAAAUACGUCGAAUAACGACGAAUCUGCAAGAAAGCUAGCAUUCGUGAUAGCUGGGCCGUUUGUUGUGUUCGGCAUCGGAAUAGUUUUGUUCAUAAGUCGGAAGAAAGUGUUGUCCGCCUUGAAACGUGCACAUGCAGGUAGAGUUGAUGACCUUCCAGUAAACAUAAACGACAUGCCUCCUGCAGAUGACAUUGUGAACAUAGCUGCCGGUUUGAAUAAUAUCACGUGGUCAAACAUUCCUUCGUCCUCAACGGAAACUGAUGCAGUACAUUGUGUCGAUGGUCGAAAUGCAGCAGGACUAUGUUUUAAUAUCGGUGAUCUUCAACCAGGCUGUACAGAAUAUAGUAAUGACGACCCAUUGUACAGCUCUGUAAAUGAGCCAAUAGUAAACAAAGAUGCGGACGCCAGCAUUGAAAGAAGCGGCAAAGAUCAUGUACAUGAAGACACCAGCUUCCACAUCCCAAUUGAUGAUGACCCACUCUACAGUUGCGUCAAACUAUGUCAACCUCAUCGUACAGAUGAAGGUGCAUGUGGAUUUUCAGCAGAGGGGAAUGAUGAUCAGCUCCACUCAAUAUUACGGGCAGGCGAUUUAAAUAAGAGUAAACACAAUCCCUUUUACUCAAACGACAACGAUAAUAUUCCAUUACACGUGCACGAAAGCAAUGGAAAUUUACAGUAUAGAUGCACUGGUGAUUUCAAAAACGACACUGAUAACUCAGUUGUUAAGGAGAAUGAACUUUAUUCACUUGCAAAAAAUAUUGAUCCUGUGUACUCAACGGCGACGAUGAAAGGACGAAAUUGUGUAAUGGAGACCUCGAAUGGUGUCUUUGAAUUCAACGCGGCGGACCCUCUCUAUUCAGUUGUGGACAAAAGUAAAAGCAGAGGUGGCAUGGAAUUCGACUGGAAUAGAACCGCCCCGUCCUUUCCAGAAUGCACAUCCUUAGUGGUUCCUCUUUACAGCAAAGUCAACAAGAAAAUAAAGAAAGCUGCGGAUAAGACGCCUGAAGACACAUCAUGAGAAAGAUGGCGUGUGCAAGGAGAAAAUAUAACAUAUAUCGACGAAAAGUUGACAUGCGUGUAAACAUUCUUAGUUAAAUACAACAGGAUGACAUUUAAACCAUGUGAACUUGUGAGAUUACUGUUUUGUAAGUAUUGAUUCGUUUGUGUGUGUACUAAAUCGUUCAUGAAUUGCGUUCAUAUCAUGUAAUGUAACUUGAUAUUACCAUUUCGCUGGACGUAGAAUAUAUUAUUGCUGUUCAAGAAA